AUGGGUGAAUCAAGACAGGAACUCGUGCAAUGGCUGAACAGCCUCCUGCAGCUCAACGUCACAAAGGUCGAGCAGUGUGGAACAGGAGCCGCCCUGUGCCAGGUCUUCGACAGCAUCUUCCUCGACAUCCCCAUGUCGCGCGUCAAGUUUAACGUCAACACGGAAUAUGCCUACAUACAAAAUUUCAAAGUCUUACAAAGCUGCUUCCAGAAGCACCAAAUCGACCAUCCCAUCCCCGUCCAGGCCCUCGUCAAGUGCAAGAUGCAGGACAACCUCGAGUUCCUGCAGUGGACCAAGCGCUAUUGGGACCAGCACUACCCUGGCGGCGACUACGAUGCCGUCGCGCGGCGGAAGGGCGCCCCAGUCUCGGCCGGUGGCGCUGCGCGCGCGCCCGUCUCGGCAGGUGCCGUCCGGCGGGGCACGACGCCCACAGCAGGGCCGCGGAUCGGCAAGGCCGUGGGCGGUGGCGCCGGCUCGGCCGCCCUGCAGCAGGAGAACAACACGCUCAAGGAGACCGUCGUGGGCCUCGAGCGCGAGCGCGACUUUUACUUUAGCAAGCUGCGCGACAUUGAGCUGCUGAUCCAGCAGGCGGUCGAGGAGGACCCGGAGCUCGAAAAGCAGGAGGACGGCCUCGUCAAGCACAUCCAGACGAUCCUGUACUCGACCGAGGAGGGCUUUGAGAUCCCCGCCGAGGAGGCCGGUCUCGACGACCAGGAGACAUUCUAG